AGGAGAGCAGACCAGAGGAUUACCCACAGGACAUGGCCUCUGAGACCUACAUGCCAGGCCCUGUGUGCCUCAUUGAGAAUGUGAGAGGACAGCUGAUGGUGAACCAGGAAGCUCUGGGGAUCCUGUCGGCCAUCUCCCAGCCCGUCGUGGUCGUGGCUAUUGUGGGCAUGUACCGCACAGGCAAAUCCUACCUGAUGAACAAGCUGGCUGGGAAGAAAAAGGGCUUCUCUCUGGGCUCCACAGUGCAGUCUCACACCAAGGGAAUCUGGAUGUGGUGCGUGCCUCACCCCGAGGACCCGAAGCGUACGCUAGUCCUGCUGGACACCGAGGGCCUGGGAGAUGUUGAGAAAGGUGACAUUCAGAACGACUCCUGGAUCUUUACCCUGGCGAUUCUGCUGAGCAGCAACUUUGUGUAUAAUAGCAUAGGAAUCAUCAACCAGCAGGCCAUGGACCAAUUGCACUAUGUGACUAAACUGACUGAUCGAAUCAGAGCAAAAUCCUCACCCAACACAAACAAAGUUCAAGACUCAGCUGAAUUCAUGAGCUUCUUCCCAGACUUUGUGUGGACCCUGAGAGAUUUCUCCCUGGACUUAGAAAUAGAGGGAGAGUUCGUCACUCCAGAUGCCUACCUAGAGAAUUCCCUGAAGCUAAUGCAAGGUACUGGUGUGAAAGUUAAAAAUUAUAAUCUCCCCCGACUCUGCAUCCGCAAGUUCUUCCCGAAGAAGAAAUGCUUUGUCUUCGAUAGACCCGCUCAGCGAAAGAAGCUGGCCCAGCUGGAGACACUGCAUGAGGAUGAGCUGGACCCGGAAUUCGUGGAACAAGCUGCAGAAUUCUGAUCUUACAUCUUCAGCUCUUCCAGGACUAAAACUCUGCCGGGAGGCAUCCAGGUCAACGGACCUCGUCUAGAGAGCCUCGUGCAGACCUACGUCACUGCCAUCAGCAGUGGGGAUCUGCCCUGCAUGGAGAACGCAGUCCUGGCCGUGGCCCAGAUAGAGAACUCUGCUGCAGUGCAGAAGGCCUUGGUGCACUAUGACCAGCAGAUGGGGCAGAAAAUGCAGCUGCCCACAGACACCCUGCGGGAGCUGCUGGACCUGCACAGGGCCUGUGAGAGGGAGGCCAUCCAGAUCUUCAUGAAACAUUCCUUCAGAGAUGUUGGCUAAGAGUUUCAAAGGAAAUUGGCAACACAGCUACAAAAGAAAUCUGAUAAGUUCUAUGAACGGAAUAAGAAAGCAUCUUCAGAUCGUUGCUCAGCUUUACUUCAGGAUAUUUUUAGUCCCCUAGAAAAAGAAGUGGAGCAAGGAAUUUACUCUAAAUCAGGGGGCUACCGGCUCUUCCUUCAGAAGGUGCAAGACCUGAAGAAAAAGUACCAUGAGGUACCCAAGAAGGGGAUACAGGCUGAAGAGGUUCUGCAGAAAUACAUGCAGUCCAAGGAGGACAUGAUUAAUGCCAUUCUACAGACAGACCAGAUCCUCAUAGAGAGAGAAAAAGAGAUUGAAGUGCAACGGGUGAAAGCUGAAUCUGCAGAGGCUGCCAUGAAAAUGCUGGAGGAAAUGCAAAGGAAGAUUCAGGAGAUGCUGGAGCAGAAAGAGAAGAGUCAUCAGGAGUUUGUCAGACAGCUGACCAUGAAGAUGGAGCAGGACAGGGCGCAGAUGAUCAGGGAGAUCCAGGCGACUCUGGAUCUCAAACUCCAGGAACAAGCCAAUCUACUAAGAGAAGGAUUCCAAAAUGAGAGCCAACAACUUCAUGAGGAGAUAAAGGAACUCAAGAGCAGCAUGGACAGCUCAGAUCACAAAUGUGUCAUACUCUAAAGACCUAAUGAAAAAAGUUUUCCUGUCACCCUUAUCUAACCAUAGUAUAGAUAAAGCAAUUUGAGAUUUUAGUGGAACAAGUGUCACUUCAAUCAAUGGUACAUAAGUCCUACAACUACCAACAGCUGCAAAGACAUGCAAUGCAUACUUGAAGUCACCUCCAUCUUCCUUAAAUGAUUAUAAAUUCUGAAUCAAGAAUAGAUUUUACCUCUGAACACUUUUGCUGGCUAGUAGGUUCAACGUGGUAUUUUUAUACAUGCAGGGAACCUAUUUUGAUUUUCCUAAGACCUGUA